AUGAUUACAUUUCAACUGACUUUUGGGGAAUUCAAACUGCCAACAUAGAAAUAAGAGCAGAAUUACAUCCUGCUGAAUAAGUUGCUUAAUAUAAAGUUAUUGUUUUUAAGCAAUCAGAAAAUAACACUUGGAAAAUCAAAUAUCCUUUGGGAAUGGUUAAAGUUCAUAUAUCCUUCCAUAUUAUCCUCAUAAAAAGGAACUGAACAUGCAAAAAAUCAACUCAUCUAAUAAGUCUAUGAGCAAACUAAAUAUGAUAUUCUACCCAGAAUUGAAAAUUUCAACAUUGAAGGUUAUUCACAUGAAAAUAUUCAAUAAUUAAUCAAAGAAAUGCAUGACAAUAUUGCCAUAACAGUCAAUCCUUACUCAUUUCAAGGAGAUUCAAUUUAAUAUAAUGGAAAAUAACUAAUUUCUAAUUAUUUAACAAAGCGAAAGAAUAAGAAAGAACUUAUCACGAUACCAAUAACUAAUCAAAUUAUCAUUCAAGUUGUCGCUAAAGAUGAAUUUAUAAGAAGAGAAAAGUACUCCUUUUUAUUUAACUAAAUUAUUGAAGAUUCAUCAACGAAAUAUUGGACAUUUUUAAUUGAUAAGGAAAGUGUUUCAUCAAUUAAAGAUGAUUAAAUUAUUAUGGAUUUGUAUGAGAUGACUAAAGAUAGAUUAGGAUAUCAUGUUUAAUUCUAAUCUUUUGUUGAAUGCUAUUUCAACAAAUUAGCUAAUGGACUUGAAAAAGCCACUAAAAAAUCUAUCUCUCCUAAAAUGUGUAUUGACAUAGGUCUUUAAUGGGAUAUGCUAGGCAAAGUGAUCAAACACAUUGCUUCAUAUAUUAAAUUCACAGAGAAUAUUUGCUUUGAAAUGGCUGAAAUUGAUCAAAGAAAAUCAAUUAAUAUAAAAUUGGAAGGCUUUGAUUCGAUCUUUAAGUUUGGUUAAGCUGAACUAUUAGUAGCUAAUAACAUUAUAGUCGUCAAAUUAAACAUUGCAAUGAUCACCAAUGGGAACUAUUAACAAUUAUUGCAAACACAAAAUAGAUCCAAAUUAAAUAACAGUGAAAUCAAAGAGUCUGUAGAUAUUUAGUAAUAUUUAGUGUCUAUUUUUAAUGAAUAAUAAUUGUCACAAUUAUGA